AUGGCCUCUAACUGCCUGAACAGAGCAGCUGCGCUGCCUCCUCUGCUGACUUGUGUAACUGUCCAUCAGUCUUGGGCUUUCACAAUCGUGGACCAGAACAGAGAUGGUGUCAUUGAUGAGAGCGACCUGAGGGACACCUCUAGAAAUGACCCAGAGGAGACAAUUCUCAAUGCCUUCAAGGUCUCUGACCCAGAAGGAACAGGAGUCCUUGGAGGCAGGAGGGGCGAGAUGAAAUAUCACCUCGUGUCACAGGCCGACAAGUUUACUGAGGCUGAGAUAAAACAGAUGUUUACAAAGUUCCCCCUGGAUGUCGCUGGUAACCUCAAUUACAAGAACGUGUGUUAUGUGAUCACCUGCGGAGGGGACAAAGAGCUGCAGUGA